ACCGGAGGGCCCUUCCUAUUGGCCGUCCGCCAUCCGAGUAGGCGUUCCUUCCUCCCAGACUCGCACUAUAUCUAAUUCAGUUGGCACCGACAAUCUACCAAAAACUCGCAACUUAAAUUGCGACUUCUUUAAAAAUUUGCAACGAGUAAAGAGAGUCGGAAUCAAUCGAUAUAGAUUGGAAGUAACGGCCAUUCCGUCCACCGAUUGCGACGCAUCUCGUUUGAGGAAACUAGAAUGCAGACGAGUUCUAAGCAAUCCGAAAACAGAGGUAACUUCCACAGCAUCCAAGUUAUGUUGGGUUUGCAGCAGGAAUUAGGAUGCCAGCAACACGAUACCAUUGCGGCUGUAUCGGCAGCUCUAGGCUACGCUCCGCCACCCGGCCAUCCUCAACAAUCCUUGGCCUUCGGUGUGUCCAGCGCCAGCUCUAUGAGUGGCUCCAUGAUGAACAGCCUCACUCAACAACAGUAUACCACAGCUAGGUUGAGAGAUGGGUUUGCAGAAUUAGCAGCCACUAAAGAUGUGACAGACUCAUCCAAACAGUCAAAUUCCAUUUCAUCGGAAAAGAAUACUACCACAGCUAGUAGUACAACGGAAAAGGCAGUAAAGAAAAAGAAAACACGAACCACUUUCACAGCCUUUCAGCUAGAGGAAUUAGAAAGGGCAUUCCAAAGGGCGCCGUAUCCCGAUGUCUUUGCCAGAGAAGAAUUAGCUCUAAGGUUGACUCUUAGCGAAUCAAGAGUGCAAGUUUGGUUCCAAAAUCGAAGAGCCAAGUGGAGGAAGAGAGAACCUCCCAGAAAAACUAAUUAUUUGCAAACAGUUUCAUCUCCAUCAAUGGCUAAAACCUUCACCAACACUACUCCUUUGCCGUCUCUCACGCCAAGCAUGGAUAGCACGUGGGCAAGUUUUACCAGUAAUCCAUACGACUUCGGUUUCCAGAAUGCUUUAGCAACGUCUCCUUAUGCUGGAUUCUCCACAAGUCCUCAUAGUAACCUAGGUGCAGGUCCCACGUCUACUGGAUUCUAUAGUGGAAUGAUAUCACAAGGAGAUCCACUGCUGCCUUCAUUAACCCCCACUAGGUCAGACAUGCACCAAAGCUCGCCUCUCAACAAGUCUCCAAGUCCACCAAAUGUUUAUGGGAAUAAUAACAACAGCAAUUCUGGAGGAGAGAAAAAGCUGAGUGGUCUUGUAGGACUCGAUCCUAACGAUGUUGAUCCACAUCGUCUGACGACUUUGCCGCCUUUGAUGCUCAAGACGAAAGAUAAUUCCGUGUCUCCACUGCCAUCCCUUGACUUCUUCACUUAGGUGUGGGAAAUUAGCCAAAGAAAGAAGUUUAAGCUGUUGAUAUGACUUAUAAUUCAGUUAUUCUUCUUUCAAAAUGCUUCUUCUGACUGAUUAGAUACAUCUGAGAACUUUUCUUCGUUAUGUCUCAUGUCAACAUUUCGACGUCCAUAUGGCAAGUUAGAGCGGAUAUGAUGUUGCAUACAAGAUUAAUGUUGACCCACGUAAUGAAAUAAUUUGUCCUUUUCAUGUUCUUGGCGAAAGAUAAAUUUAUAUUUUCUUUGAUUCGCCUUGGAUUUCUAAACUAGAAUAGUGUACAAUGUUGAGAAAAAUUAAUAAUUGCUAAAUUGCUCUAUUUUAAUUAUUGCACACGACCAUAAAAGAAUGAUGUUAUCUAUAAAAACUGAUUGAAAUUUAAUUGCAUGUAAAUAUUUUUGUUUCGAUUUUUUUCCCUUGAAUAUAUGUGAUUAUUUUUACAAUUGCUAGUGAAUGUCAAUAUGUAUCUUAUUUUGAAAAAAAAAAUAUUAUAAUAUAUGGUAUGUGUAUAAAAAGUACGAAGUAAUACACGAUAGGUACUUCUAGAUCGCAUUCUUUCUUUCGUCUUGAAUCAUAAUGCAAAAUCCAGCAUUGCAUUUUAAUUUUGUAAUUCGUUAUGCUGUUCACCCAAAUUUUUAAAUUUUCUCCCAAAAUUAAGGUUAUUAUGAAGAUUUUUAAUACUUAUUUCUCCUUUUUAUUGAAUAUCUAUUUGAAGAUGAUAAUAAUUUUUUUCAAAUUUUAAAUAAUCCAAAAUGUUAGAUCUCAAUUUUUAUUGUUAUGGUUUUCAGUCUUUUUUAAGAAAAUACAAUUUAAAAGGGAAGUAAUUAAUUAUUAUAAUAAUUAAAUCUUUUGAUUCUUAUUUUUUUAACUCCAUAAAUUUCUUGUUCAAUUUUGUUUUUUGUUUUUUUAAAUUGAUUUUGUGCAUCUAGGUUUCUUUGGUAAAUGAUUCGUUUCAAAAGAAAAAUUAAAAUAUUUCUCCACCUAAAAAGGAUUUUAAUUUUGUAAAAUAAAUCGAACUUUUUUAUUUGUCGAAAAUUGUUGGAGUGCUUAAUUUUUUUCUGUUAGUUGUUUAUUACGUCGCUGAUGCAAUGGUGCUGAAAUCGUCCAGUUUCCUGGUUGUCUUGUCUUGCUCCUUAUAUAUAUAUAUUUGCAUUAAAUUUAAUUUCAAAAAUGUAAAUUUUCCUAUUAGAUCUAGAAAAAUACUUGUUUCAUUGCUUGUAAAUAUGUUUUGUAAAGAUGACCUCAUUUAUAUAUGUGAUAUUAUAAAGUGAAAUGUGUCUGUUCUUAACUUGUACUAAUUUCCAUGUUUACAACAUGUUAUUUUACAUGUUAAUUGGCUGAACCGAUGUGCCUUGACUUUUUCUAUGACUCUAUAUUAACAGCGUGUUCAAUUAUCUGCUUUUAUCAAACAAAACUUGUUUUUAAAGGAAAUGUAAUUUUGUCUUCAUGAAA